GCGAUGACGUAGCUUCCUCGACAUUCCACGUCCAAGAUGGCCGCAGUCAAUAGGGAGAGACGUUGCUAAGGGGCUUCCCUGAGGCGAGGGGUGAGUGGCCGACGGACCGCGGGCAGUGCCGCUCAAGUCCCGCGUACCUGGAGGUCGGAUUAGGGUAUGGCCACCUGCCUCCAUCCGCUGGCGGAGUCUCUCUUUCCGGAUUCCGCCUCCCUCCGCUACCCCCCGGGUGCAGAUCGAAGUUAGCGGGCGACGGCGGGGCCACGAGACGCGCUCCGGGAGAGGGUGUGAGGCGCAGGAGCGGAUCAGGGAGGCCGGCGCGGACCGUAGAGCAGCAUACAGCUUUUAGAGAAUCUCUUCAUUCUGAAUGAAAGAGAAGAGGAUGAGAAAGCAAGAAAAAUUUAAAGGAACCUCCUUCCUUCCCUUGUGGACCACCUCCCUCCACCCUUUCUCCCCAGAUCACUACACCCACACCCGAUCUACAUUGCUCAGAUUCUAACAUUUUCAGAAAGUCUGUUGGAAAGAACAAGUCUACUUCAAUAAAUGAAGGAGAAUAAAGAAAAUUCAAGCCCUUCAGUAACCUCAGCAAACCUGGACCACACAAAACCAUGCUGGUACUGGGAUAAAAAAGACUUGGCUCAUACACCCUCUCAACUAGAAGGACUCGAUCCGGCCACUGAGGCCCGCUACCGCCGAGAAGGGGCUCGGUUCAUCUUUGAUGUGGGCACACGUUUGGGACUACACUAUGAUACCCUGGCAACUGGAAUAAUUUAUUUUCAUCGCUUCUAUAUGUUUCAUUCCUUCAAGCAAUUCCCAAGAUAUGUGACAGGAGCUUGUUGUCUCUUUCUGGCUGGGAAAGUAGAAGAAACACCAAAAAAAUGUAAAGAUAUCAUCAAAACAGCUCGUAGUUUAUUAAAUGAUGUACAAUUUGGCCAGUUUGGAGAUGACCCAAAGGAAGAAGUAAUGGUUCUGGAGAGAAUCUUACUACAGACCAUAAAGUUUGAUUUACAGGUGGAACAUCCAUACCAAUUCCUACUCAAGUAUGCGAAACAACUCAAAGGUGAUAAAAACAAAAUUCAAAAGUUGGUUCAAAUGGCUUGGACAUUCGUAAACGACAGUCUCUGCACGACCUUGUCACUACAGUGGGAACCAGAGAUCAUAGCAGUGGCAGUGAUGUACCUUGCAGGACGUUUGUGCAAGUUUGAAAUACAGGAAUGGACCUCCAAACCCAUGUACCGGAGAUGGUGGGAGCAGUUUGUGCAAGACGUCCCUGUGGAUGUUUUGGAAGACAUCUGCCACCAAAUCCUGGAUCUUUACUCACAAGGGAAACAACAGAUGCCUCAUCACACGCCCCAUCAGCUGCAGCAGCCCCCAUCUCUCCAGCCCACACCGCAAGCGCCACAAGUGCCACAGUCACAGCCGUCUCAAGGCUCCGAGCCGCCCCAGCCCCCGCAGAAGGACUCGCAGCAGCCAGCCCAGCCGCAGCCGCCGCCACCGACCCAGCAGCCCAAGAAACCGUCCCCGCAGCCUAGUCCCCCCCGGCAGGUGAAGCGCGCCGUGGUUGUUUCUCCCAAAGAAGAGAACAAAGCAGCAGAACCACCACCACCUAAAAUUCCCAAAAUUGAGCCCCCUCACCCUCCAUUGCCUCCAGCCCAUCCACCUCCAGACCGGAAGCCACCCCUCGCAGCCGCCUUGGGCGAGGCUGAGCCACCAGGCCCCGUGGAAGCCGGCGACCUCCCCAAAGUCCAGAUCCCCCCUCCGGCCCACCCGGCCCCCGUGCACCAGCCUCCGCCGCUGCCGCACCGGCCCCCGCCCCCGCCGCCCUCCAGCUACAUCACCGGCAUGUCUACCAGCAGCUCCUACAUGUCCGGAGAGGGCUACCAGAGCCUCCAGUCCAUGAUGAAGACCGAAGGCCCCUCCUAUGGGGCUCUGCCCCCCGCCUACGGCCCGCCGGCUCACCUGCCCUAUCAUCCCCACGUCUACCCCCCGAACCCGCCCCCGCCACCCGUGCCGCCACCGCCAGCCUCCUUCCCGCCGCCUGCCAUCCCUCCCCCCGCCCCUGGCUACCCGCCCCCACCGCCCACCUACAACCCCAAUUUCCCGCCGCCACCCCCCCGCCUGCCGCCCACCCACGCAGUCCCCCCUCACCCUCCUCCAGGCCUGGGCCUGCCGCCGGCUAGCUACCCGCCUCCAGCUGUGCCCCCUGGAGGGCAGCCGCCUGUGCCCCCACCCAUCCCGCCACCUGGCAUGCCUCCAGUCGGGGGGCUGGGGCGGGCAGCCUGGAUGAGGUAACCUGGCGCCCUUCUUUCUUCCUUUGAUUUUUAAAGAAAAGUUUUUCUAAUUAACUUGAAAAGUAGUUUAAGUGGAUAAGCCGCAGGGUACCUUGUAUAAUGCUAGACAGUUGCAGUAUGGGAAGAAAUGGACCGGGCCCCCGAGAUGAAAUUGGGGUGGUCCUCCACAUGUGGGGAGCGGGGACAGCAGCUCUCAGUGGAGCCCAGGCAGCGCCAGUUGUGACCCCGACUGUGCGUUUGGUUUCAACCGGCGUAGUCCACGAGUCCUGCGCUGGGUUUCUUUACACUAGUGAGAAUGUUAACCAGCCAUAUUGGCUCAAUAAAUAGCUUCAGUAAGGAGUGAAUUUCCUUCUAGAAAUCAGUGCCUAUUUUUCCUGGAAACUCCAUUUUAAAUAUCCGGUUCCAUCUGAAGUCACGCUGUUGUCAUUGCUGUCAUUCCAUGAUGUUCUCUCCCGUGACACCUGUAGGUCAGUUGAACCACUUUUUUGAUUUAGAGAUACUUACAUCCUUUGCAUUUAAGUUAUUUUGAAGGGGUUGACUUGCUGGAUGGCUCUAUUCUUUUUCCUCCAGGAAGAAGGGGAGAAAUGUACUUGGAAGUAAUGUAUGUUUACAUCAAUUUGCAAAUUCCUGUACAUAGAGAUAUAUUUUUUAAGUGUGAAUGCAACAACAUACUGUGAAUUCCAUCUUGGUUACAAACGAGAGUCCUUCAGUCAGUUACCCAAAUAAAAUCAGUUCUG